AUGGCAGCAGCUCAUUGGGCCAGUUCUGGUCUAGACCUGAGCGUCAGCAACACUGCCAGGGGGGGGGGUGGAGGUUACACGAUGAGCACCAAUGGAGAGACCACGGACCAGGGCAUCACAGCUGAGGAAUACGAGAGAGUAGUGGCUGCUCAGGAAGAAGAGGCGAACCUUGUUUUGGGGGGCGACGACGGCAAAGAGUGCACAUACGCCAAGGGCUACGUCACACGCCAGGCAGUCUUUGCCUGCGUCACUUGCACCCCGCAAGGAGGAGCAGGCUUCUGCUUGGCGUGCUCCAUCAAUUGCCACGAUGGCCAUGAGGUGCUGGAAAUCUACACGAAGCGCGGCUUCCGGUGCGAUUGCGGCAACUCAAAGUUCCCGGGCCUUGCCUGCAAGCUGGCGCCGGACAAAGAUCCCAUCAACGAGCGCAACUUGUACAACCAAAACUUUACUGGGCUAUACUGCACGUGCCACCGCCCGUAUCCAGACCCCGAGAGAGACGAAGAGGGGGAGACGAUGUUUCAGUGUGUGGUCUGCGAGGACUGGCUACAUGAGGAUCACCUCGGCUUGAGGGACGAGGAAGAGGUUCCGAACGAGAACGACGAGGCCAGCUUCGACGAGCUGGUAUGCCAGGCCUGUGCCAAUACCCGCUGUCCCUUCCUGACCGCACACCCCGAGCUGCAGCUGGAGCCUAUUCUUACCACCCCCGAGCUCCCCUCUCGCAGCCCGUCUGACUCUAGCAAAACCGCUGGUGUAACCAGCCCUCAGCCUACGGAAGGAGGUGGAACUGUCGAGAAGGUUGUUGAGUUGGGCCCAAACGAUGCAAGCAUACUCUCCGCGUCAAAUACUCGACUAGGCCUGCCAGAGAGCCAAUUGGACGGUCAAGAUCUGCCCGGGAGUCAACUAAACGGUCAGAAACUUCCGGACAGCCAAUCGAACGGUUCAAAUCUGCCCGCAGCCGCGGCCGCCCUUGUUGCUCAGCUUGCGCGGAUCCAAACCCCGGCGUCCAUUUCCUUCCCGGCCAGCAACUCUAGCUUCGGCUGGCCGCACGCCGCUUCCGGUGGUAGCAGUUCUGGGGCAAACGGCCCCCCGGAUCCGCAGGGGGAUCCCUCCAGGCGCACUUCCUUUGCGGCGUUCAAUGCGCUGCUGAGAGGGGACGAGAGUCGCAGCGGACAGCACCUGGCGGAAUCCGGACACCGGAAUCCGGGAUCGUCAAAACCAAGGGGCGAGAAACGGAAGGAGCCUGCAUCUGACACCUGUCCCCGCACCCCUCAGCCGGGCCAAAAGCCCAUCCAACGUGCGGUCUUCCUCAUUCGUGACUGGCGCCAGAAGCUCUGCCGGUGCGCGGCGUGCGUGCGUGUUUACGAGGCCAACCGGGUGACGUUCCUGCUUGAACCGAGGGACACGGUGGCUGCGUAUGAGGAGGAGGCGCGCGCCCGUGGCGAGGAGAACCGGUCGCUCUCGGACACGGCGGAGGAGUCGCUGGACGGGUUCCUGCGGAGCAUGCCCCGGGUGCAGCAGGUGGAGGUCAUCCAGGGGUACCACGAUAUGGCAGCCGGCCUGCGCGAGUACCUGGCACCAUUUGCACGCUCCGGUGCCACUGUGACCGAAGAAAACAUCCGAGGUUUCUUUGACCAACUCAGGUCGAAGCGGAGGAGAUUCGACUAGAUGGACUUCGACGCUUUUGGUCGUAUUCUGGAUGCAUGUAUAGGAGACUUUCGGUGAAAGCAAGGUGUGUGCAUCAUGUACAGAGUUGAAGUCGCUCAUGCGCGGGCUGGGCCGUCAAACGACUGAAUUAUUUCGGAACUGCCGGGCCUGCCACGGUUUGCUUCCUCGUUCAAGAUCUGGUAAGCAGCAAAGCACCCAGCAGACUGUCAUCAUUCCAAAACAAUCAAGAUGUUAACUACGACUGAUGUUAACUGCGUGCCUCGUUUUUCCAAUGCUGA